AUGGAGGGUGGCCGGAAGGGAAAGGAGCCGGCGGCUGGGGUGGUGAGCCCGCGUGCCAGUUCGGUGAUUGGGGCAGUGGCCUCCCUGGGCACCAACCUCGUCCUCUACCCGCUCGAUCUGAUCAAAGUGAAGCUUCAAGCGAGAGCGUACAAGGAGAUGCUCGAGGCGUCGCGCUUCCGGGCGCUGCGCACGGUCGUGGCCUCCACCUUUCGGGAUGGUGGCCUGCGAGCUUUUUACGUCGGCCUCACCCCCGGGCUGAUUGGGCCGAUGGCGGCGUGGGGUUCGUUCAUGUGGAUCUACAACAGAACCCGCUGCUACCACGGGCACUGGGACUCGACGCCAAGUGUGGGUAUGACGCUGGUGACCAACCCGAUCUUUGUGAUCAAAACGAGAAUGCAGACCGCCACCAAGGAGCAGCGAUUGCACGGCUUCUUUGCCGAGGUGCGGGAGCUGGUGCGAACGGAGGGCCUGCGCGGGAUGUACAAGGGCCUGGUGCCGGCGCUCCCGCUGACGUGCCACGCCGCCCUCCACUGGACCAUCUUCGAACGGUUCAAGCAGCUGGUGGCCCAAUGGCACGGAGACCCCAACCGACCAGUCAACGUAGCGGAGACAUUUUUGACGGCGUCCAGCAGUAAGGUGGUGGCAGCUGCGCUCACCUACCCGCUCCACGUCAUGAAGACGUGUAUGCAGAGCCAACGAGGACUAUCUGUGAUCCCCCUGCGCGAGGUUGUGGCCAACAUCUACCGGGUGAAUGGAGUGCGAGGAUACUACAGCGGAUUCAUGCCCCACUUGCUGCGCACUGUUCCCAACUCGACCGUCACGCUCUUCUUCAUCGAACGCCUCUCGCAAGCCGUCCUCCAGUGGCAAGCGCAAGCCUCCCGAUGA